UAUAAUUUAUAUCUGCAACGACAAGUCGGCAACCAACCGUGAACGAGCAAAACAGGCUCACAUGGCUACAAAGCUCUCCGUAUACUCUCUCUCUCUGCUUCCAUCUCCUUUUGUUGACUCAUCGUCUCUCUCCCUCCCUCGCUUCCCCUCUCCCAUUGUUCCCUCUCUGCCCCUUCAUUUCGCCACUCGGUGUACCUUUCGCGCCAGAUUUCCCCUGACCACCUCCCGGAUUUCUCGCCGGAGCCUAACGCCAUCCCUCGCCGUUAUGUUUCCGGAUAAUCCGGUUCUAUCAGAUGUCUGCGCCUCUGGAAUCACUACCGUCAUCGCCUUUGCCUGCCUCCGCUUCUGGGGGGAGUUCGGCAAGCGCGGCAUCUUCGACCAGAAACUCGUCCGGAAGCUUGUGCAUGUAAGCGUCGGGCCAGUUUUUAUGCUUUGCUGGCCACUCUUCAGCUCUGGACUUCGCGGGGCAGUUUUAGCUUCUCUUGUCCCUGGAGGUAAUAUUAUACGGACGCUGCUACUGGGUCUUGGAGUAUACCACGAUGAAGGAACGAUCAAGUCAAUGAGCAGAUAUGGUGACCGCAGGGAACUGCUUAAGGGGCCACUCUAUUAUGCAUUAGCAAUCACUUUAUCUUGCGCAUUCUAUUGGAGGACAUCCCCAAUUGCGAUUGCAGUGAUAUGCAACCUUUGUGCAGGAGAUGGUAUGGCUGACAUUGUGGGAAGGAGGCUUGGAACUGAGAAGCUUCCUUACAACAGAAACAAAUCGGUAGCUGGUAGCAUUGCGAUGGCAGCAGCAGGGUUUUUAGCUUCGGUUGGGUACAUGUACUACUUUGCUUCCUUCGGCUACAUAGAGGAUAGCGGAGGAAUGAUCCUUCGUUUCUUGAUAGUAUCGACUGUGGCGGCUUUAGUAGAAUCAAUCCCCAUAAGCUCGGAGAUAGACGAUAACCUCACCGUUCCCUUAACAUCUGCCUUGGUGGGCACCCUCGUCUUCUAGUGUUGUUGCCUUCUGUCCCUUCAUAAAAUCCCGCCUGGUUCAAUUCGAUAAGGCGAAUGUAUUUUUGUGAAAUCCCUGUUGUUGUUGUUGUUGUAUUAGGAAAAAAAUGUUGGCAUUGUAACAAUGCACUUGCUUUGAGAGUGUUAGGAACUGAAUAAUGGAUGGACGUUGUGGGAAAGCGGGCUGGUCCUCUUGAUUAAAGGCACCACACCACCAAAGUUUAUGCUUUUGCCUUUAAUUCUUGACUAGAGUGAUUGUAUGAGUUUUUUUUUUAAUUCAAUUUGUUUCGCUGGAUAUUUGAUA